AUUGGAGGAAGAGUUCCAAAGAAGUCACCUUACGAAUACUACUACUACACCAUUUUAACCUGAAAGUCGGAAGAGUCUGAAGUUUGGGAUUGUGAGAUAGUUAAAGUGCCCUCUCAUUUUUGCCAGUUUCGUUCUGCCUUGAUUAUACAUUAAUGCUGUAUGGCUGUAUGGGAAAUUUGAUUUUUGUGAAUUACGUGACUGAAACACGGUGUAAUUUGCUUUGGUCAUGAACAUGAUACUGGUGUUAAUUAAAAAGAAACUAUGCAGCAUUUAUAUAAAAAAGGCAGCUGACAGAUAGUUGUGAGUUUACACAGAAAGAAAAACUGUAAAUGUCUCCAGUACCCAAAGUAAUGAUGGAAGCCCUUUGAUUACUGAUUUUCUUUUGGAUUUACCACUCAAGAAUCAUGGCUGAAGUAAUUGAUAAGAAGUAUAAGUGUCCUGUUUGCUCAAAAACUUUUACAAAGUCUCAUACUGUCAAGGUUCACAUGAGGUUGCACACAGGUCACAGACCACACGAAUGCCUUGUGUGUUCAAAAUCAUUUGUCACAAGUAGUGCUCUGAAAGACCAUUUGAUCUCUCAUGUGAACAGCAAAGAUUAUAUGUGUAUCAGAUGUGAUGCGAGAUUUAAGCACAAAGGAACUUUGAAGAGACAUCAAAUGCAACAUGAAGAAUAUGAAAGAAAAAAGGAUAAUCAAGAAACUAUUGAAACUGCUGUGGUAUAUGAAUCUCAGAUGGCAUUUGACCUCCCUGAUACAAGAUAUUUUGAGAUCUCUGCUGGAGAGGCUCAAAAAAAAUUCCCUGAGAUUCAAGAAUUCUUUAGCCCUGAGUUGGGGGGUGAGUUGAAUUCCCAAGCUGUUGUUCUAGAUGAGGAUUGCCAUGCAGUAUUGGUGAAACAAGAAAAGUUAUUGGAAGAAGACAUUCCAUAUGGUGCUGCUGUACUGGAAUUAACAGAAGAUAAACUUUAUGAAAAUAAAGGAAUGAGCGUACGCGUUUACAACAUAUCUGGGGAAGUAGAGGAUCUUGCUCCUAGACAGGUACAUCCAAAGGAACCCAAACUACAUCAAACUACAAGACCUAUAUAUCGGCCCAGACCGCUCACAGCACAGUCAGCUGGAGACGAAUCUCAAGUUUUGGACAUUCCUAGUGGCUAUGGCUUACACGUAAGCAGAAUAUUGAGCCUUUAAAAUACUCGCCGGAUAAGCAAGUUGCUUUAAUAGAUAAGCUUA